AUGACAGACACAACAAACCUCCCAAACACAGAACUGCACUCCCUCAGAGGUCACUCAGGUCCCAUACACGCCAUCACUUACUCCCAGGACGGGAACUAUAUCCUCACGGCAAGUCACGACAGGUCCGCUAAACUAUGGAACCCAACAACCGGGCUGCUCAUCAAAACUUAUGAGGCGCAUGGGAAGGGUGUAUUGGCCGUUGCUGUACCCCCAGCGGGAGCAGACAACUCACGCUUCGUAACCGGCUCCGAAGACCGCUCCGUCUUCGUCUGGGACGUCGGCACCGGCCGCCCCAUCCGGCGUUUCCAAGGGCACCACUCCCGCGUCAACGCCGUCGCCUUCAACCAGGACGGCACGGUCAUCAUCAGCGGUAGCUACGACGCCUCGAUCCGCUUCUGGGACUGCCGCGCCGCCAACGCCCGGUUGCCGAUCCAAAUAUGCUCUGAUGCGAAAGACAGCGUCGAGUCCGUGCGCGUCGUCGGGUCGGAGGUCCUGACGGGCUCUGUGGAUGGGAGCAUCCGGAUAUAUGAUAUCCGCAUGGGCUCGCUGACUGCAGACGCGAUCGGGCACCCCAUCACGUCGGCCACCUUCUCCGGCGACAAAAACUGUAUCCUGCUCAGUUCGCUGGACAGCACCAUCCGCCUCAUCGACAAAGAGACGGGGGAGUUGCUCAACCACUACCGAGGGCAUAAGAACACGACGUACAGGCUUGCGUCAACGUUGAGCAAUAACGAUGCGUAUGUUGUUUCUGGGAGCGAGGAUGGGAAGAUCUACAUGUGGGAUUUGGUUGACGGGAAGUUGGUUAAGGCGAUCGUGGCGCACGAGGGGUCGGUUGUGACGGCGGUGGCGUAUCAUCCGAUUAGCAAUGGGAUGGUCUCGGCCGCGGUGGAUGGGUCGGUGAAGGUGUGGACGGAGUGA